AUGUAUCUGAACACCGUCCUGGCGGACAUAAAAAAGGAGUCGGCUCCACCCAAGAAGCUGCAUGCGGAGCACCUGUUCAAGCUGAACGAGGCGAUCUUCAAUUUGCCGGAAGAAGAUACAGUCGAAAGUGGCAUGGCCUUGAAGUUGUUCCAGACGGUCGACAAGAUCCGGAAGGCUUACAACGAGAACAAGUUCGACAACGCUGACUCAAACUUUUUCUACGAUUAUUUGGCGCUGCUCGGGACCAUGCAGAACCAGCAUUUCUUCACCCAGAAGCAGACUGAGAAGAUGCUAGAGUGGAUCGCAGAGGUGGUAGAACACCCGACUGGUGGGGCGGCGCCGAAGGGUACGGCGAAGGAGUUUUGUUUAUUUCCAGCGCAGAAUUAUGCUUAA